AUGGGUGCCCCUGUCGACGUUCGCGAGAUCAAUGGAUCCGAUCUGAUGUCUGCCCUCCACCUGGCCCAACAAGCCCCGGCCAUCCUCGGCCCCAAUCCUACGAAAGCGACGACAUCAACUACGGGUACGGCGGAGGAAUACAGACAACUUGAACAGCUUUUCCUUGCCUGUCUACGAACAGGCGAUGAUCAGUCCGCGCAAGCAUGCCUCGAUCGACUCAGCCACCGCUUCGGCCCUGCCAACGAGAGAGUAAUGGGGCUCUGCGGGUUGUACCAGGAGGCAACCGCCAAGGAUCGUGCAGCUCUAGAAAAGUGUCGCGAGGAAUACGAGAAGAUUUUGUCCGAAAGUCCAGUCAAUGUGGUUCGUUCUGGUCCUUGUCAACCUCUUCAACCGGGGUCUUCCUCGCCUACCCUAGGGUAA